UGACUUUGUUUAAAGUGUAAUAUGUGUACAUGCUAUCUUUAGCUGUGCUAUCUCUAUAUUUGUGUUAUGAUUUGUUUAAAUACUAAUGUCAAGUAAACAUCGACCUUUGUGGAAUAUUAAAGUCGAAGUUACUAUUAUCAAUUGGGUGAUAUAGAAUAAUGUAUAUUUCUUAAAGUGAUCGAAUUUCAUGUAUGUUGAACACACGUUAUAUAUCAGCAAUCCGUAUGUAGAGUUUACAUACAAAAUGGUGGACUUGUAUUAUCAGGUAGUGAUAGGACUUUUUGAAUGAAGACAAAUCACCAUACCACAGAAUUUGAAGAGCCUAACGAUCUAAUUUGGUUAAACGAAGUAUGGCAGAUAAUUAUGUUAUAAACCAGGGAGUUUUAUUAGUAUUAGGAGAUACAAUACCUUAACACUUAAAAAUAUCAUAAAGAUAGCGAUGGAGCCGAUACAAGAGAGAAGUGUGGAGGAUAUUAAUACAAUAUUCAAACGAUUUGAUAUAAGGUUCAAUCCAGAGAAAUACAAACUGCAUUAUCCAGAGGGUAUGUUUCGCAAAGCAAGUGUUUUAAUACCGUUGUGUUUCAAAAAUGGAGAGUAUCAUUUGAUUCUUACUUUACGUUCUGAGAAUCUUACACACCAUGCAGGAUAUGUCGCUUUUCCAGGAGGUAUGUGUGAUGAGACUGAUAAAGACGAGAUAGCUACUGCUCUUAGAGAAGCAGAAGAAGAGAUUGGACUAAAUCCUAAAGACGUUGAAAUUAUUGGUGUGUUUUCUCCAGGCAUUGUAAAACCGAACUCUAUAGUUUAUCCAGUAAUUGGAAUUGUUUCAAGCGAUUUUAAGCCGGUCAUUAAUGAGAAUGAAGUUUCACUGGUGUUUGAGUUGCCAUUGAGAAGGUUCCUGUCAACAGAAAGGAGAAGGAUUUCUAUAUUCCGAUCAUCUAUAUUCGCCACUUACCAUGUUCACCAUUUUAUUGACCAUGUGAAUGGUACAGAAGUAGAUACAUGGGGAUUUACGGCGAGUUUUUGUAUAAUGACAGCUUUAGGAAUAUACCAGACGGAUCAGUCUUUCUGUUUCUAUGAAGACUUUAUUACAAACAAGGACACACUUUUUGAACCUGUACCCACAAGGCAUAUUAUUGAGCAAACGAAUAAAUUAACAUCCAAAUUAUAAUUAGUAUACAAACAUCUAGGUUAUAUGUUGUGAUAAUGUUUAUGAUACAUCAGCAGUAUUGAUAAAAGUUUAAAUUAUCUACAGGAGGGCCAGUAUGGCCAAAGAAUUUUAACCUAGUACCACAUCUCAUAGUUGUGUGAAACGUUUAGUAUUCACAAUAUUUCGUAUGAUUUCUGUUAGUUACCUAGAUUUCGAUCUCAGAAGACCAUAGUACAAAUGGGUGUCACUGCUCAAAAAUGUUUAAAACUUUUAGUGUCAACAUGUUUUUAUAAUCUAUGCUAAUGAACUAGAUUUUAAUCUCAGAAGACCAAAGUUAGAAAUUGACCAAUAUUUGAUAAAAUAAUAACAUUCUAAUCAGGCUUCGCUUCAUGUAAGAGAGGCAGCAAAUGUGGACUCUUGAGUGUUAUAAUUGUAGACUAAGGCUUUUUCACAUGUAUCAAAUGUAGACAAUCAGGAUUAGUUUGAUAAAAGUUUUCAUUUGCUUUGUAGUUUCGCUGCUGAAUGAGUUUUUUUUCAGGAUGGAUCAAUAUCAGCUAUAUAAUUGGGUUGUCCGGCCAACUGGAGGGUGUUACGGCCUACUGGUGGGUGGUCCGGCCUACUGGACCCAAUACCGGUCCUUUAAAAAUACUCAUAGAUUGUGUUAUUAUCAUUCAAUAUCUCCAUUAUUCUUAAAUGCUUAUAACAAAGGAAAGACAAACACAUUAGAGAUACACGUAUA